UUCAUGUAUCAUUUAAUCUAUUUAUUUCUGUUGUAAAGAAAUAUUACUUGGUUCAUGUAGAAACAUAUAUUAAGUAUUGAGACUUGAUCUGGGAUCCAACCAAUCUCUGUCCCCUUGGGGCUUGGGCUACAGAUAAGAUAUAAUUAAUCUGCAAAACAGUAAAGGGGUCUGGGUGUACAGAUAAGAUAUGUGGCCCACAUGCUUCUUAUCCUUCUUUGCUUCAUUGGCUUUGCUGCAUUAUUGAUGAUGUUGGGUGAGGGACUAAAUUAUUCUUAUCAUGCAAGUUGGAGUCUUAAAAGACUAAAAUCAAGUACGAAAGAUUCCUAGAUUACCCUGUCAUGUACAAUAAUGCAUAAUAUAAUGAUUUGAUCGAUCAAGUCUUAAAUGACUGCCAGUGCCAGUGCGUUUCUCUCGUUGUUUUUGUCAUCACAUGACCGAUCUAACACAAAACAACAAGAAUAUGAUGUUACCUAUUCUUGAAUCUUCAACAUUGCAAAGCUUUCACAAAACAAUUCGAUCUGCGCUUGUUUUAAUUGCUUUGCUUGCUCCUCUGUUAUCUUCCUGAAACUAAUAACUAUGGCGGUGGGAGAGAUCUUUCUUGCGGCAUUCCUUCAGUUGCUGCUGGACAGGUUACGCCUGGGGAGAUCCUUGGCUACUUUGGAAGCUUGGGAGGAGUUGGCAAAGAGCUGCAGAAAUGGAAGGGAACACUGUCCGCAAUUGCAGCGGUGCUUUACGAUGCGGAGGAGAAGCAGCUGACGAGCAAGGCAGUGGAUCUGUGGCUAAAUGACCUCAGACACUUGGCUUACGAUAUCGACGAUCUACUCAACACCUUUUCUAAUGAGAUGUUAGAACGCGAGCAGCUCAAGCUUCACCAAACUGGCACAAGCAAGGUACGAGGCUUCUUUACCAAAGUUCCUCACAAAGUUAAAUUCAACUUCAAUAUGAACUCUGAAAUAGACGACAUUGCUAAACGCUUGCAAGACAUAUUUGACCGGAAAGAGAAACUCGGUUUGAAAUAUAUUGAGCAUACCCCUACUUCAACAUCAUCAUCGCACAGGACACCAAGUUCAUAUGUGUUGGAUGGAUCUGUGGUUGGGAGAGAUGAAGACGCAGGAAAGAUUGUGGAAUUGUUGUCCAGAAAUGCUGAUCCUUCUUCUCCCACAAAUUAUCAAGUUGUUGCCAUUGUUGGUAUGGGUGGACUCGGCAAGACAACGCUUGCGGGACGAGUCUUCAAUGAUGUAGUUGCAAUGAAACAGUUUGAUCUCAAGAUCUGGGUUUCAGUAUCCGAUAACUUUGAUCUUCAAACGGUGACGAGAGCUAUUUUUAAGGAAGUUACAUCUCGGCCCUGUGAUAUGGAUGAGUUCAGUCGACUUCAAGAUAAUCUGAGCAAGAAGAUUGAUGGUAAAAGGUUUUUGAUUGUUUUAGAUGAUGUCUGGAGCACAUGUGAUUAUGAUUCAUGGACAAAACUGCAAGCUCCCCUCCGUGGCGGAGCCAAGGGAAGUAAGGUAAUGGUGACAACACGUGACGAAAAAGUUGCAAUAUUGAUGGGAGCCCCAGCCGGUGAUGUUUAUCAUUUAAAGACUCUAUCAGAUGAAAGUUGUUUGCAAGUAUUUGAGCAGCAUGUUAGCAAUGACAGGCCACCGAAUUUUGAGUUGCUUAAGGAGAAAAUUGUUACGAAUUGCAAUGGAUUGCCAUUGGCUGCAAAAACUCUUGGUGGUGUUUUACGUUGUGAAGAAACUGGCAAGUGGGAGGAAAUACUGAAUGACAAAUUAUGGAGUAUGUCAGAUAGGAGUAAGAUACUCCCAGUACUGAGAUUGAGUUAUCAUUAUCUCCCUUCACCUUUGAAGAGGUGCUUUGCCUAUUGCUCAAUACUUCCCAAUGACUAUGAAUUUGGGAAAACCCAAUUAAUCCUUCUGUGGAUGGCAGAGGGUUUUCUUGAGCAACCAAAAGGGACUAAAGUAAUGGAAGAUAUCGGUGACGAAUAUUUUGGGGAGCUAUUGUCUCGGUCAUUAUUUCAAACCUCGGGCAAAAACAGUUUGUGCUUUGUAAUGCAUGACCUUGUUGGUGAUUUGGCACGAUGGGCUGCUGGAGACACAUUUUGCAGAUUGGAGGAUAAACUGCAUGGUAGAUGUUCUCCGAACACUCGUCAUCUGAGUUACAUUUCUGCUAAGUUUGAUGGGGAAAAAAGAUUUGAGACAUUUUCUGAAGCAAAAGGCUUGCGGACUUUCCUACCACUUCCCGUUUCCGGUGGUUAUGAGAAUUAUCUGACUCGUUAUGCUACUUCUGAUUUAUUGCCACAAUUGAAAUACUUGCGGGUGCUCUCCUUCAAUGGCUAUAAACUGACCGAGGUGCCAAAUUCCGUAGGUAAGUUGAGACAUCUACGGUACCUUGAUCUUUCUCACACAUUAAUAACGUGUUUGCCUGAGUCAACAUGCAUGCUUUACAACUUACAGACGUUAAUAUUAGAGAAUUGUUCAAAAUUGAAGACAUUACCUUCAAACAUGAGCAAUUUAUCUAAUUUACGUCAUCUCAACAAUUCAAACAUGCCUUCAUUGGAAGAAAUGCCUCCCAAAGUAAGUCGGUUGACUCAUCUGCGAACUUUGCCUAAUUUUGUGGUGGGGAAAGGUAGUGCAUCAGGGAUUGGAGAGAUACAGUCAUUGCAUCUUCGUGGGACCUUGAGGGUUGGAAGAUUGGAAAAUGUGAUUGAUGUUGGGGAUGCGAAGACGGCUCAAAUAACGAACAAGGAAGGGCUGGAAAUCUUGCAAUUGGAAUGGAGCGGCACAAGCGAGAAGGAGUUGGAGGUGCUGUGCAGUUUAGAACCUCAUAAAAAGCUUAAGGAGCUGACCAUCAAGGGCUACAAUGGUUUCGAAUUUUCAAAAUGGAUUGGACAUCCUUCAUUCUCUGAUAUGACGUCUGUGAAAUUGGAGAAUUGUAAAAACUGUCGAUUCUUACCUCCUCUUGGCCAAUUACCUUUUCUGAAAAAUCUUCAGAUACAAGGACUGGUCAAUGUUGAAAGUGUGGGUGCUGAGUUUUAUGGAGAGUGCAGCUUGCCUUUUCCAGUGUUGGAAUGCAUGACGUUCCAGGACAUGCAAAAUUGGAAGGAGUGGCUUCCUUGCAAAAGAGAUGAAGAAAUUCGAGUUUUCCCAUGCAUGGAAAAGCUUUCCAUCCUUGGUUGCCCCAAAUUGAAAGAUUGGUUGCCCAAGAGCAUGGAUUCAUUAUCAGAGCUGUAUAUUGCUGCAUGUGAAGAGUUAGUGGUUUCAAUUGCCAAUUAUAAACAUCUUCGUGGGCUGUUCAUCUGCGGUUGUAAGGUGGUGCACAGAAGUGGAGUUAAGUUUGAGCUAUUGGAGGAUAUGUGGCUUGCAAGUAUUUCAGAGUUCAGACUUGAAAUAGACGGGUUCAUCAGAGGAUUGCCAAAGCUUCAAAAUUUGCGGAUUACUGGUUGUGAAGAGUUGACAUGUUUAUGGGAGAAUGAGGAUAGAUGGCUGCAGCCUCGAAUUUCUAAUAUUAUUGGAGGCAACAUAUCUGACUCCCCCUCUCACUUUAUUCAAGAGCUAAGAGCACUCAAGGAACUUGUGCUAACUGGAUGCUCAAAUCUAAUUUCUUUUCCAGAAGUUGGUUGGCCACCUUGUCUUGAAAAUGUAAAGAUGGAGUCGUGUAAUUCUUUGACAUAUUUCGUAAGGUAUCAAGUACCGCCAAGCAUAAGAAGAAUAGAGAUAGCAAAAUGUCAAAAUUUGAAACUAUUGGUGAAGGAUGCUUGGGAGCUAGAGGGUUGUCUGGAGUGGUUGGAGAUAAAAGAGUGUGCAUCUUUGACAUCCUUAUCAGGCAAAGGAGGCCGACUACCCAGAACCCUCAAAUUUGUUAGAAUAAGUGACUGUGAACGAUUGGAGUCAAUAAUCAAAACAUUCCACGAGGGCACUUGUCUUGAUGCUCUUACGAUAGAGAGGUGUGCAAAUCUCAAAUCCUUACCAGAGGGGCUUUGCCAUCUCUCUGCUCUUCGCAUGUUAUGGGUAGAGGAAUGUGGAAGUCUCGUUUCCUUCCCAAGCGGAGGGUUGCCAUCCAGCCUGAUAUGCUUGUCUAUCUGCAUUUGUGCUCAAUUGGAAGCCCUCCCCAGAGGCUAUGUGGACAACCUCAGCUCUCUUCAGAUUUUGUUGUUGAGAUGCUGGGGAGGUUUGGCAUCCAUUCUAGAAGAGGGUUUCCCACCCAACCUAAUUGAUCUGGAAAUUGGCCCUCUCUCAGAGUGCGGGCUUCACCACUUGGGCAGACUCACCUCUCUUGAAACCUUUUCUAUCUACUGUGUAGAUCCAGAUGUGGUGUCCUUUCCUCCAAAGGAUGUGCUGCUCCCUAAAUCUCUCAUUAAACUCACCAUUGCAGGCUUUCCAAAUCUGAAGCGCCUGUCAUCAUCUUUUCAAUCACUCACCUCUCUUGAAUCCCUUGACAUUCUUGGAUGCCCAAAGCUAGCAUCUAUUGUUCCAGAAAAAGAGGAUCAUCUGCCUCCUUCACUUACACAGCUUCGCAUCCAGGACGGCUGUCCGCUGCUCACAAAGAAAUACCAACCAGGUAAAGCACGACACUGGCCCAAACAAAUUGCUCACAUCCCUUACGUUUAUGUUGGAGGCUGCGAUGACGAAGCCGAAGCCGACCUCCGGGCAUAGAUAUCAAACUAUAUAGCCGCAAGAAGUACAAGGUUGAGCAAUGGACCAGCUCAAGAGUCUUGAUCCACGCACCCUUCUAAUUCUGGAUUAAGGGCAGCAGCAGGUAAAAGGUGGAGAAAGUUGUUUGCAAUGAGAGCACCUCAAGAAUUUUGAUCUGGGCUUCUAGUUCUGGUUCAAGGUAUUGUCCACUUAAGUAAUUCCAAUUACGGUGCACUGAUAUGCAUUCUGUCAGCUUCUUCGAGCACGGUUGUGGGAACAGAGCAGGCUUCAGAACUAAAAGAGCAAAUUUUUUGGGAAACAGUGUGGAGAGUUAGAGAAUUAUAUCAGUUUGGGGCAUUUUCAAGAAGCGAAGAGACUUAGUUUUGCAAAUUUCAGGCAGUCUGAUCUGUGGUUUUCUCUGUAGGGAAAGGCAGGCUGUUUUGACACUCUUACAGGGAGGGGUUUGGACAGGAAGCAAAGAGAAAAGGUUUGGUUUUGAAUUUGAUUCACCUUCUUUGUUGUUUAGUAAUUGGAAAUGUGUCUGUCCAUGGUUUUUUCCUUUUUUCUUUUUGGUUGCUGAAUUUUCGGGUUCAUUUCAUCAGCUUGAAUGAAAGGAAGUUUGGUGUCAAAGUUUGAUUUAUAUGGAAUUGGUUAGAGUAUCUAGGUUUCUAAAAACAAUUUGGAGGAAGGGGAUUAGCUGUUACACAAGUAACACUGCUUUCCUGUUUUUCCGGUUUGGGAUUUUGCUGCUUCUUCUUCUUCAGAAUGAAUAGAAAUUAUUACCUUCUCAUUGGUUUUGAUAAUUGUGAAUCUUUCUAAUUCCAGACUGCAGAUCUUUGCUGUACUUGGAUUUUCUUGAAGGCAUCAAACCAAACAUCAUUACAGUAUUACACAGCUGUGCCACUUUGAUCUAAGUGUCUAGGCCAAUCAAUCAUUCAAUCUUCAAAUGUCUAGGAAACAGCUGCCUGUAUAAGGAUGAGAAAGCCAUCAGGCAAUGGACCACCUCGAGAUCUGGUUUCUCUAUUUUAAGGCUACAGUGCACUGUGUUAUUCCGAUGGUCUGUUGCAUAUGAAAACCGGGUGCUGGAGCUGUUGGGGACACUGGAACUCUUAAAGGGCGUUGGAGCAGAAGAAUUUAUGUGCAGUUGUUCAGGAAAGCAUGAUACUAUCAUCAUCUUAGCCGUAUUUAUAAUUACUCGGUCAAAAAAUGCUAUUCAAUACAGAAAAGCCGAAGAAUGUAUGUGCAACUGUUCAAGAGCCGAGGUACAAGAGGGUCAUGCUAGCAUAAAAUCAUCGACUGCCGGAGAGCAACGCCUGAAUACAUCUUUGGCUGUGUUUUAUGGUAUCAGGCACUAACGGGGGAGCAUAACAUCACAGACUCUAUAUGUCACCCAGCAUGUUUGGUGUUUAUAAAGAUACUGAUAUCAUUUCUCAGUGUGUUCUUGCAAGUCUUCGUGUUCCUUGUCAGUUGUAUGUUUUUUUUUUUUUUUUUAGCAAACAGUUGUAUGUUUAAUUGAGAGUAAAAAUAGAAUAGAAAGGAGUUGACGACUUUGGCGCUACGGUGACGUUCUGAGUGAAUUGUGCAAGGUUGUCAUUGUACCAUCAAUAAUGGAUUCAAUUUUGUGUUCUCUCGGUCUCUGUGGGUCUGAUCCAGUUUUAUUUUGGCGGGUUUCUCUCUUUAUGAUGCAAAACAAGUCGGCUAGGAGAGUGCUAGACCAGUAGUUCAAUUCUCCAUCAAUGUAACCAAAAUAGAAUAAUAUAUGGAUCAAGCUUUGCUUCUAGUAUUUUAAUCCUCUGUUAUCGUUCUGUUUGCUA